AUGACAAUGGAAAACCCCAUCGCAAUCGCAACAGUCUCCCUGGGCCAACACCCCUCUCACACCCUCCCCUCCAAAAUCGCCGCAGCAUCGCACAACAGCUUCUCCGGCCUGGAAAUCGUAUACAACGACCUCGCCAACUAUGCAGCGUCUAAACAACCUAAAAUAACCAUCAAAGCCGCUGCCGAAGAAAUCGCUGCUCUCUGCACCUCUCACAAACUUGCAGUUUUAUCACUAAACCCAUUCAAGAACUUUGAGGGCCAUUCCUCACCGCUUAGCGAGAGACUCGACUCUGCAAGACACUGGAUCGAAAUCGCCAGUCUACUCAAAGCGCAGCAUCUGCAAAUCCCGUCACAAUUCGAUACACAGAACAGUGUCGGAGAUGAACAUGUGAUCAUUCCCGAAUUGCAGCAGUUGGCAAAUUUGGCUGCAGAGAUUGCGCCAGACCUGAAACUUGCGUAUGAAGCCGUUGCUUGGGGCAGGUAUGUCGAUACUUGGCAGGACUCGUUACGGAUUGUGGAGUUGGUAGACAGAAAUAAUUUUGGCGUGUGUCUGGACUCGUUCCAUGUCGUUGCGCGGCUGUGGGGUGAUAUCACGACUGAAUCUGGCAGGAAAGAGACUGGUGAAGAUGUGGACAAAGUUCUGAGACAAUCACUCGACGAGUUUGUUGCAACCUGCCCGCUUGAAAAGGUAUUUUACGUGCAGCUCUCGGAUGGAGAGAGAUUUUCCCCGCCCUUGAACCCCAAUCAUCGGUUCUACGAUGCCAGUUUUCCGUCUGCUUUGACCUGGUCGAGAAACUCGAGGCCUUUCCCUCUCGAGACGGAAUAUGGAGGGUAUAUGCCGGUUAUAGAGGUAGCCAAGGCGUGGUUGGUGCAAAAGAAGUGGAAGGGGUAUGUCUCGCUUGAAAUUUUUGACUGGAGGAUGAGAGAUGAGGAAAAUGGGCCUGAGGAGAAUGCAAGAAGGGGGAUUAAAUCGUGGAAAAGACUUGUAGCGGAGCUCCAAAAAGCGUCAUCGUAG